AUGCUGUCUGUCCGCAACACUCUUCUUUGCUUGAUGGCCACCUCUGCAACCGUUCACGCCGAGCGAUUAACUGUCGUCUGGUCAAGUGGGGGCUUUUCAACGAUUUCCGGCCCCACUGGCAAUGAGCAUGGCCAUAACAGUGGCUUUUCGAUCCUAAACGAGGCCGGUGAUGCUAUCUACUACCAGAGUCACCCCGACAACCAUGCACCUUGCUAUAACACCGGCGACGGCCGCGAGUUUACCAUUGAGGGCGACUGCUGGGCCACCCCACGCAAGUUUAAGUGCAAGUCUAGCUUUGCAGGCACUCCAAAGAACUGCGAGGUUAAGGACGGCGAUGGAAAUAGUCUCGGCACUGGGGAGGGGGUACUGAUGUAA